GGAUUCUCUCUUUUUGUUUUCAUCUGACCUAAAAGUAAAACACAGUCCGUCCACAAGAACUUUUUCACUAUUUCCUGCCCUAAAUUAAUUAAAUUUUCCCUGUCACUGCACGCAGUAGCUGCGUCUACGCGGCUACUCCUCCAUCCUUACAUUUAAUUUUCCCCAUUAAUGUUCCAUUCUCUACAAUUUGAAAUUUGAAAAUUGAAAUUGAACUUGAAAUAGCUAUAUGUCAGUGUAGGUAUUACUCAUAUUUCACAAGUGAAUUUACUUAUUGAAGAAAACAAUGGGCGGCUACCGAGCUGUUGCGGCAGUCAGCGGUGAUUCUUCUAAAUCCUCGGCUGAAUCUAGCUUUCGAGAACUUGAUGAUGUCUUCUUGCAGACUCAAACGAGAAUAUGGCUUGGGGAAGUUCUGAAGAUGAGGUUUGACGAGCACCUACAUAUUUCUGAUUUGCUUGCCGAUGGAGAUCUUCUGUUUGAAGUCUCCAAAGUAUUAUGGAAUAUGCUAUUGGCCAAGUGUGGCGAGCUAAGACAUUUGAAGUAUGAACCACUUGGUUCACGGAGAUGCAGUGGGAGAUACAUGCCUUACUCUAAUGUUGACUCAUUCUUGAAGAUCUGCAAAAUACUGGGAUUAAAUGGUAUCGAUCUCUUCUCCCCAUCAGAUGUUGUUGAGAAAAAGAACAUUCGUAAAGUUUGUAUUUGCAUAAGGGCACUUUCAAAUAAGGCCCGUUCCAAACAAUUGAAGGUUCCUGACUUUGACUUGGUGACCUAUACGGUAGUCAUGCCAAAAGAUAUGGUAGGUGGCAUUAGAAGAAGCUUGGAGACAUCAAGCAGCCUUUCAAGUUCUUCUGGUUAUUACUCGUAUAAAGAAAAAAGAUCAAAACAUAUGGAGAGAAAUAAAACCAGAGAAUCUGAAGGAAACUAUGAUUCUUUAUCUGAAGAAUCUGACGAGGCUGAGAGUAAGUUUGUGGGAGAAGAGUCUUGUUGCUCAUCUACGAAUCAGCUUGAAGAUGAUAACGCCACAGAUUCAGAUGCAGACAAUUCUAUCGACGAACAUUCAUCUGUUAGAAAGAAUGGCAGAGAGAAAAUUAGUGUACUCUCAUGUUCUCAUGACCAUCAUGUUUAUAACUGUGAUUUCUGCAAGUGCGGAUCAGAAUUAUCUAAAACUCUUCCAUCUCAGUGUGCUAGGAAUGACCGUACAGAAGAUAGCUGUUCAUCAGUUUGCACCAAUUCUCAAUCAAGAUCACAUCAUAGAACUUCUCCAGGAAAUGGAGGGAAGUAUAGUACUGCCAAUGAUAGGAUACACUUUGAUUAUAGUGACCUUAACGUGGUAAAUGAUGAGUCAGUUGUUGGAGAUUCUAUGUAUGACAAUGAAGUGGAAAGUAGUUAUAUAUCUAACUACUUAGCAUUCUCUGAUUCAGUUAUUGGUGGAACUGAUGGAAGUACUCCUGUACUGCGGAAAGGUGAAGAUAAUAUUUUGAACCUUUUUAUGGCUAUUGAUUCUCAUGAACCAAAUUUAAGUGAAGGGACUUCCCAAAACGGACUUCGGAAUAAAUUUUCUGAUACUGAAGAUGCAGAAGUUUCAUCAACCACUAGCAUGAGUUCUGUAUUAUGUCGGGUGCGUGCUUUGGAUUUCGAUGACCAAUUUGAUGCAGAUGAUUGUUUAACAGCAGAAACUCCUUGUGCCUUGCUGGAAAAUGAUGCUGAUAGGCAGUAUAAGUAUGCAUCUGCAAGUCAUAAUGCAUUGAAUGUUGCAACCAACGAGCUCAUGUUUCAUGAUACUAAAGAACCUUCUAUAGUUAAACCUAAAAUUUCUGCUAGUCUCAGUGAGCUGACAUAUUCCUGUCCAGAUGAAUUGCAAUUUGCUGCCAGAGAGCCUCUUACUGAUAAAAUUGUCUCAUCGCACGGAAAUAGCUCAAAUUAUUUUGAUGAAGAAAUGGAGUCUGCAAGAAGUAAAGAUAAGUUUGUUGAUACUGCAUGCAGAAAUAAUCUUAAGAAUGUGUCUUUAGUUAACACUAGUGAAGGAUGUGAUGGUGAUUCACAGUAUCUGAAAUUUGUUUCUGAUGAAGUCAGUAGUACAUGUGAAUCAUCCUUGACUUUGGAUGGUGUUAACAUGGAUCAAAAUUCUGUUAUUUCUGCAAAUUGUUGUGAGCAUAUUGAAAAAGGAUACCCCUGUUUCUGCUCCUCUGUCUACGAUUCAGGAGAUGCAAGUGAAGUUUGUGAACCAACAGUUCCAGGAGAUGAUGAUGAUACAAAACAUAAAGUUUCAUAUGUGUUGGAAGAAAAUGCUUCACAGAGGCGGCAAGAAACAGAUGCUGGUCAAUUAAAUGACAAACAUCGACAUAGGCCAUUGCUGAAAACAGUUGCCAGAGGCACUGCACUUGUUGGUGUAUUGUGUCUGUUGCUGCAUUUCAGUCGUAGGAGAAACAAACAGGAAAGCAGUGAAGCCGGCAGUAGACCAACUCAAAGUAAGAAGUUCCGUGGCAGAGAUUUCUCGUAUGGGGAUGGACAAAAUGGACGUCGAGUAGAUAGAGUUUAUCCUUCUGAAAAACUCAAGUUCAAGAAUUAGAUUCUGGAUCUGUGAGACUUAGUAAGAGGCAUGGCUGGUUUUUCAUACGUUCAGCCCAUCUCAUUUUUAGGUAGAAUAAGCAUGAGGUAUGGUUCAUACGCUAAUAGCACGUUGAAUGGUAAAUUUUAGGUUUCCCUAUGCCGCUUAAAGAAGAAAACAAGAAAAGUAAAUAGCUGCUUACUUCCAUGAGUUAAUGUAAUCUUGAAGGAAUUAACGGCUACAAUCUCUGUAGUAGGCACAAAGCAUGUAAUGAUGGCAAAGUAGCAUCUUGUACCCAUUUGUUAAUUCGUACAUCACGUAGAGUACUGUUUAUAUACUUCAUCUUUUUUUUUUUUAAAAAUGAUGUCCUAUGAGGAA